GCCGCGAAGAUUUGGAAGAGCGCCGUAGAGCUCGGGGACGUGGAAGCAAUGGCAUAUCUUGGGGAAAUGUACCAGAAGGGGGUGGGCGUUAAGCUGGACAAGAAGAAGGCGGAGCGGCUGUAUCGUGCGGCUGCAGAUCGAGGCCACGCGGUCGCGCAGAGCAGUUUAGCGUUUUUACUUUAUUCUGAGAACAGAUUUGAAGAAGCGUUCCGGUACUGCGCGCUCGCGGCGGAUCAAGGCCAUACACGUGGAGAGCUCAACCUUGGGUUUUGUUACAGGGCCGGAUCAGGCACGGAAGUCGACCUCGGCAAAGCCAGAUAU